AUGUCUACUACCUGGGCCCUUCUGCUGCUGUGUGCGAUAACUCCAGCCGUAUCGUUCAGCCCUCUCUCCGAGGGCUGGAAUGCGUCCGGCCAUUCUUGGCAUGGAUGCAGGAACAGGCAUGGGACAGACACAAGUGACAAGUUGCAAGCACAGAGAGAUAUAUUUACUACAGCUACGAUACAUCAAUCCAGACUGUCCUUUGCCAGCAGGGCAGCAGGCAACAGGAGUAAGCAGCAGCAGCAUCUUACACUUUCCGCCCGCCAGCCAGGCCCCGAGCCAGACCACCACCGAACCCAGCCAGAAAACAAGGAACUCACGACUUGCAACCCCGUAUCCAAACCAGCGCACCUCGGAGGAAUAGUGCUGUCUGCAUACAUUCAGUCCCGAGCCAAAGCCACAGUCCGCUCCUCCGUUCCUCAAGGCAGACCUUGAUGAUCGCCAACUCGACAGUAUAUCGCGUUCUACAUUGAGCACUGUAUACCCUGGUAGAGGACUAGUAGUAAACAGUGACAGUCGUAGUAGUGAUUAACACUGCAGAUCAAAAAGUACCCCAAUCCUUCUAUCGCGCUGCACGCAGGACUUCUGCGGGUCCGGCAAACUGCCAGCCAGCCUGUCCGUG